AUGGGGAUCUUCUUGAAUGAAUCUGACCUACCGUCCGCUGAAUUGCUACACUUCUACAAGGUGUUUGAGGACACUGCCCUCGGGGUUACUGUACUCAUGGUUCCCUUCACAAUCCUCGUCAUGGUUUUCAGUACGUCUUAAAUUACCAUUUAUAAAAGUAUGGUUUUAGCUAGUAACAGUGUUAUCAACGCCUAUCGACUACUUUUAAUUAACGAGUUGUCGUGGUAAGGGAUUGCAAUUCAAAAACACAGUUAUGAUGUUGUUCAAGGUCGUUGCUACUUGACAUUAUGGCUGCGUUAAUCGGCGCUGUCUCUUUAUAUCCUCUGCCUUGUUACUACGGUGUGAACGUCACCAGCGCCCUCUCCCACACGCAGCAGCUAACUUACUUUGUUGUUGGAAUCGGCGUUUGUGUAAUGAAAGACUUCGCCAUCUUCUACCAAUUGGAAUACAUUCUUGUGAAGUCGCUUGCGAUGGAUUCGAAGAUUAGAACAUUCUUUCUGAUGACGCCAAAGAGCGGCUUGGUGCUCACACAUGUCGGAAUCAUUCUCAGCAUUCUCGGGACAGGAUUAGUAAGUCAGACCGACCAAUAAAUUCCCGAGAACGAUCGCGGCGCGGUCAUCUUAACGUAACCAAAGGCUCGCUCAGGAAGGGUGUUGUUUCAGACUUUCAUACGAAGCUGCCAAUGAAGCCUAACUUUCUCCCUAUUUUCAGGGUCGACUAAUUUACUAUUUGCCCGAUCAAGAAGAACAGAAACGAUCUCUCACAUCCCUUGAUCCAUUCGUCGGUAAACUUUACGAGGUCCAUCCCGAUAUCAUCUGCUUUGCAGAUAGAACACACCUCAUAAAGGCGACUUUAGUCGGAUUUAUCGCUCUCUCCGCAACUCCGUUUAUUGGGAUCGCCUUUUUGAUCAUAAUGUACAAUUCCAUGCGUAAAAACAAUUGGUCAACACACACUUACCGUCUUCAGAAGAUGCUCUUCCGUUCCCUUGUCUUUCAGUUAAUCGCAUUCAGCAUAUUCAUGUACCUUCCAUGCAUGAUGCUGAUGAGUGCGCUCCUCUUUCAACUUCGGGACGGUCCAACUAUCACUGUGAUUUGCUUCUGUUUCGUCUUGAUGCACACUCCGAUCGAUUGUUUUAUGAUUCUGUAUUUCAUCAAGCCCUAUCGAAGCGUCGUUGCGAAUUUACUCAAAGUUCUGCAGACAUAUGGUGACACGACAAUGCAAUAUACAACCCAUCGGCUAUCCCCCUUGAGUCAGUACUUGUUUCAACGCAAAUCAAAUAUGGAUAUCUCCAGGGCAUCAACCACUCAAGUUCAGCAUUUCUAA